AUGACUGUAUACUCGUACUCGAUAGCCUCGAGCUAUCCCUUUCCGGACCAACAGUCGGGAGGUUUACACAGCAAUAUAUUCCGUCCACCUCGCACGCCAGGGAUGUCGCAUCUCGACACGAUGGGAUUCGCAGCCACGCCAUCACAAGACAAACCCGCAUUAACCAGGAAGCGAUCACGCGCAAACUCCAACAAGGCAAACACCUCGGCUCCAUUGAGCUAUCCAUCCAGAGAUGCUUGGACCUCCCAGGCAAUGAGUCCAGCACCACUGGCGAACGAACUCUACACACUGGACUACAAGUUCGACACACCAACUCUAGCCGCAGCUUCGCGACACGACGACUUUGCUGGAGAAAGAGACUUUCGCUGGAAAUGGGAUACUUCUGAUCUAUCGCCUGAGCAAGAGGUUGCACACAUGCCCGGUUUGUUGUCAAGAGAGAGGAAUGGAAAGGGCAGGACAGUCAGCUACACCAGCAUGGCUAGCGCCAGCGAUGGAGCAGAACCAAGAGGCUGGGGAGGAUUUGCCAUGAAGCUGGUAGGGGGUGUUGUAGGAAAAGUGUGGCACUUCUGCCGUGAAAAGGCCUUCAGUGGCUUCUACGCUGGUGGCGGACAAGGCUAUGGUUUCGCACAUGCCACUCAACCUCCAACCCCACUGCCUGGACAAUAUCCGACUAACGACUUCUUCGGCGACUUUGAACAAGACAACACUCCUGAACGUUCAAACAAGCGACAACACACAGAAUCAGGCUGGGUCAUGGUCGACUCCAACCCAGACGCCCCUAGACCUUCCAACCGCAAGACUUCCUCAGAGGAUCUCACACAUCUCGGCGCCACAAGAGCAAGUAGCCGUCGCGCUCUAAGCUCAGUCACCCGUCGCGGCCCCUCACGUCAAACCUCAUACACCGGUUCUCCCCAAGCGCAAUCCCGUCUCGAUGUCUUCAGCCAAGCCUUCACCGACCACUCCAUCUCCACCUCCACCGCCUCCACAGCAUCAACCCGCUCAACCGCCCCUUUCCGUCCCGCAGUAGGCAUUCACCGCUCCCCCGUAGCCUCCCCCAUCCGCACAAGCUUUGGACCAGACCGUCGAGCCAGCCUCGCCAGCAGUGCGAACGGCGAAACCCUUAGCCCAGACGCCCAACGCUUCCUCCACCGCAAAGAACGACAGGAACGCGAUGCAGACAAGAGUAUGCGCAAAAUGAGCCGUCAGAUUGAAGAUUUGAUCCGUCAGGGGCAAGUUGCUCUUGGCACCAAGUUUGAAGUCGAGUCUGACGAUACCGAUUAUGCUGAUGACAAUGAUGAUUGGGAAGAUGCUCGUAGAUGA